CUGUGAUGGCAAGCUACCUAGAAUGGUGGCUACAUUGAAAACCUGACUAACAGAACUCAGUCUGCACGAAAGAAAGGACUAGACACAUCACACUAGUUACUAGUGUCCAACCAAAGUAUAAAGAGGAGAAUCUCCAGUUCCCCAAAGACAGAAGACCUUUCCUGCAACAACUCUAAGAGUGAUAUUCUCCAACUGCCCACUGAUUCGAAGUAAUAUGAAAGAGAGACUUCCGCAUAUGACCACUUCAAUGUGCAUAUAUCAACUCGCCUACUCCUGUAGAGCUAGUAACAUAGGUUGUUUUAUGCUGGUUCUAUCAAAACGUGUUAGGGAACAUUACCCAGAAUGGCUGUGCAAAGAGGAGGUGUACUGGUUCACAAUCAGAAGUGCUAUAACUGUGAAUACCCCCAUCAACACCUCUCAUAGCAUCUUAACUGACUCAUUAUUCACAGUCAUUUUACACAGUAAACAAAAAAUUAACAUUGUGUUUGAUAUAACCCCCACCAUGAAUAACUGUACAGCUUUGAAGUGAACAUCAUGAAAAGAGAUGGACCCCGUUUUGCUAACUUGUGAUGUCUUCUUCAUUCACAUAACAUGAGAAAUUUUCAGCCUGAUGCUCACCAGUGACUGUCUAGCUGCAGGACGACGUUGCACAGAGUUCUAGUGAAAAGACCUGACCAGUGGGGGGGGGCAUCCAGUCGGGAGUAAGGAUGAAGUUUCCGCCAAUGACAUUGGCCGCAGCUGGUCAUGCUAAAA